CAUGCCCCCUCCUCCUGACAUCAUCAGGAGCGGCCGGCGACUUCAAUUGCUGCUGUGUGAUGGCUGCAGACUGCAGGGGAAAAGGUGGACUCUUAAAGUGUCAUCAUGCCUGAACCGUGAAGAAAAUCAAAAAUCUCAGCUUCUCGAAAACUUCUUUUAAAGAGUUUGAUGUUAGCAAAGGCAAAGGAGGCAUGGGAUCAAGAACAUGUAAAUACACAGUUGGAAAAAGAAAGAUACCUGAGUGAGAGAGUGCCUCGUGCCAACAGCCAUGGCAUUACAUCAGCUGCCUUACAGCAAUUGUGCAGAGAACUACAUGAGAAGGUUGGAAUUGUGGACGAGGAAAGAUAUGACAUUGAGGCAAAGGUUAUUCACAACACACGAGAGAUUCAAGAUCUAAAGAUGAAGGUAUUGGAUCUGCGUGGAAAGUUUAAAAGGCCAGCUCUCCGCAGGGUUCGGGUUUCAGCUGAUGCCAUGCUCCGUGCUCUGUUGGGUUCUAAACACAAGGUUUCCAUGGACUUGCGUGCCAACUUGAAAUCUGUGAAGAAGGAAGACACCGAGAAGGAACGUCCAGUCGAAGUCAGUGAUUGGAGGAAGAAUGUGGAAGCAAUGUCUGGCAUGGAGGGCAGGAAGAAGAUGUUUGAUGCCGCUAAAUCCCCGACAGGACAAUAAAAAGAUGCCAAGGAAUUCAUGAUUUUCACACUGCUACCUGCUUUGAUUCAUCAUAAAUCUUUUGCUCUUUUGUUCAACGUUUCCAUCAACUAUGAAUUCAUCAAAUAAAUAUCAAUUGCAAGCAAA